AUGUCUGGUCGUGGGAAACAAGGGGGCAAAGUUAGAGCUAAGGCUAAAUCGCGGUCCUCACGGGCUGGCUUGCAAUUCCCCGUGGGUCGCGUCCACCGCCUGCUGCGCAAGGGCAAUUAUGCGGAGCGGGUCGGCGCUGGAGCACCUGUCUACAUGGCGGCCGUAUUGGAGUACUUGACGGCUGAGAUCUUAGAGUUGGCGGGCAACGCCGCCCGCGACAACAAGAAAACGCGCAUCAUCCCGCGACACCUGCAGCUCGCUAUCCGCAACGACGAGGAGCUCAAUAAGCUGCUGGGCAAGGUGACGAUAGCGCAGGGUGGUGUGUUGCCCAAUAUCCAGGCUGUACUGCUGCCCAAGAAGACUGAGAGUCAUAAGGCUAAAAGCAAAUAAAUUCAAAAACUGAAGCUCCUCGGACUUCUUUAAAUUUAUCAAUCCCAAAGGCUCUUUUCAGAGCCACCCACACGGUCAGAAAAGAGUUGCAUUGCUUGCUUUAUGAA